UCUUAAUUGACACAAUGGCAGUAUCGAGCGAUGUCUCAGUUGUAAAAGUAUUCAAUUUCAUCAGUGGAAGUGGCGGAGUUUUAGAACUAUCGCAUUUACUUAAAAAUCCCUCGCCUUUGGCAAAGAAAUCUACUGAGACUGAGCUGAUUUUAUGGUUUCAAACUCAGAAAGAUUUGGACCCAAACAACAGAUUGGUUUUGGUAAGAAAUCAACGUGAUGAAGCUGUCGGCGUGCGAAUCGACUUGGCCAAACAAAUGUGUUUAAAGUACUCCACCGAAGAGUCUUGUAAAUCAGGAAGUAGAUGUAAAUUCUGGCACUUAUGUAGGGAGUUCCUUGAGGGAACUUGUAAAGGAAACUGUGGCCGAUCACAUGAUUUUCACGAUGAAGACAACAAAGCGAAAACGGUGGAAUUGGGUUUUGAAGGAAAAGCGACUGGGCCUUUGAAAACUAUUGUCGCCGGAAGCUUUCUGCAGGUUUGUCUUAUGUAUUCAAAAAAUGGUUGCCUCUCUGUAAAUUGUCCGUAUCUUCAUAUUUGUGUUAAUGCGGUGCGGGCAACAGCCUGUGGAUGUAGUCGGUAUCACGAUUUCACUAGUCCGCACAACAGAAGCUUGCUGAAACAGUAUGGGUUCAGGCCUCCCCGAACGUCAGACAUGGAUGUCGUUCGUUGUAACAUUCUGAUCCCGAAGCAGCAGAAAUCUUUUGAAGGAAGGGCUAUCAAUGAUCCAAGCUUCAGCAGGCAACCCACGCCAAGAGUUAAUAAGCCUGAUAAUAUUACACAGAGGCACCCCUCACAUCAGGGUAAACCUGGAGCUGUUAGUCUGGCGCGUUUAUGCCAAAACUUCUCUAAACCUGAACCAAAAGCACCUGCUCAAGCCAAACCAGAAAUGCAUCAUGACACUGCACCUCCUGAUGCUGAUCCUCUGUUUAUGAAAGUUUUUAAUUUCAUAUGUAGUAAAGGAGGGUACUCUUCAUUGCGGGACCUAUUACAACCACCCUCGCCAUUGGUAGGGAAGUUUUCAAAGUCUGAGGUUGAUGCAAAGAUUUGGCUUCAAGUAAACACUCACCCAGAACAGGGACAGAAAAUCAUUUUGCUAGAGAACCAAAAUGGUGAUAUUCUCGGUGUUCGAGUAAAUUCAAGGAAAAAAUUAUGUUUGCAGUAUAUGAAAGGUUAUUGUAAAUCUCUCAACACUUGUCAGUAUUGGCAUAUCUGCAAAGGUUACCUUGAGGAUACUUGUCAGGGAGGCUGUGGUCUCUCACAUGACUUCCAUGAUGAGGGUAACAUAAAGAAGAUACAGAGAUUGGGGAUUGAGCGUUGCCCAAAUGGAACUUUAAAGAACAUAAUUUCACACAGUUUUCCCCGAAUUUGUCUCCCAUAUGUGAAUAGUAGAUGCAACUACAGUAAUGACUGCCGACAUUUACAUUUAUGCCCCCUUGCUUUUGGAGAAAACUCGUGCAGUUGUAACUUGACACACGCUUUAAAUGAUGACCAUAAUUCCUCAAUUCUAAAGCAAUAUGAUUUAGACCCUCAGAGAACCAAAAUAAUCAUAAUGCAGAGCAACAUCUUGUUCCCAAAGAGGCAAAAAGGUCCCACAGAAGCCAAGCUUUCCUCAGCAUGUUCUUCUUUAACAUCACAGCCAGCAUCUUUGAUGUCCUUGCCUGUAGCCCUAAAAGAUGAUAACAAUCUGGAUUCACAAGUGAAAAGGUGUCCAGAUGAGAGGCUGAAGAAGAGGAGAAGGCAACGACGAAGACAGAAGAAAAAGGCAAAUCAAGCAGGUGAACCAUGUGAAGAAUCACUUGCAGAUGAUGUUGAAGAGGAAGGUUCAGAUUCAACCUCAGAUAAUGAAGAUUUGCCAGACAAACCUGAUCUUUACUCAGUUUCAAAAUUUUCCAAUCAGCCUAGUCCAAGCACAAAGCAUGUAGACACAUCAGGGAAUACAUCUGUUCAAGGUCUGAGGAAGCAAACACAAUCCAACAGUGGGAUGACUUACCAGAACCAGGUUUCUGGAAUGGGCAUAAGUGAAGUUGCUGAAGGAAACUUGAUCAAUUUUUCUGAUGAGUUAGAAGAUGGAUUUCAAGAUCUUGAAGAUACAUUUGGUUCACAGGAUGACUUCUCAACUUUUGAGCCACUUUCUCAAGUGGAUGAUUUGCUCUUCAACCUGUCCCCAACAAAUGUUGCAGGAGCACUGUCUCAGGACAGUACCUCUUUUGACCCAUCUGAACAGCACAGUGCAGAAAGCCAAUUGGAAAAAGAAGCUGUAAACUCUGUUUUUCAAUACAUUUGUAAAGAACACAAUGGUGAAGUGCCUUUUGCUGUAAUAUCCCAAUGCUACAACCUGUUUCCUCUAGAUGCUAUUGAUAUUGCUGCAUGGUUCAGGGAAAACUCAAGCAGGUUUAUGAUCAUUGAGAACAGUGAAGGGGGAAUUGAAUCAGUAAGAGCAUGCACCCCUAAAGCACGCAUCUGUUUUCGCUACUUGAUGGGCAAAAAUGGCUGUAAGGAUCCAAAGUGUUUCCGUUACCAUGUCUGCAAGCAUUAUCUUGCUAAUGGUGCCUGUCCGUUAGGGAAGAAAUGUAGAUACAGCCAUAGCCAUAAUCUGAAGAGCCCUCACAACAAAAACAUCACUAAAAGGCGGAAGCUUGGCUGUUUCUCAGAUGAGCAGCUACGUGUCCUGAUUUCUGCCUCUGUUCCUGAAGUUUGUCUUGAUUACAACAAGAAAUCUUCUAGAUGCAGGAGAGGUCUACGUUGCUAUGCAAUUCAUGUCUGCAAGCAUUAUGUAAUGGGCAAUUGCAAAAAUGGAGCCAACUGCCCUCUUAACCAUGAGGCAAGUCUCAAAGAACCCCAUACCCGGUUAGUUCUAGAGAAGUACAAUUUGACCACUGUUCCAGUGCAAGCUGUCUUUCGAGCCAUUCUGGUGCGUGGACAGAGGCAACCAUUGACCAUGGAAACCAAAGAGGAACAAGAAGCUGCUGCACAACCUCAAAAGAAACAAGUGAUGAAUCCAAAGACAGAGGUGCAAAACUUCCAUAGCCCCCAGUACAUCUGCCUGGAAUUCCUAUUGGGUCAUUGUGGCAAGGCUCAAUUGUGUGAGUACUUUCAUCACAACAUGCCAUACAUGUGGCAGUAUAGAUACCUUGACAAUGAGCAAGCAGAUGGAUGGAAGGCAUUCACCGAAAAUGAUAGUGAAGACAUUGAGAGACAGUUCUGCACUGUUGAUGUUACAGAGACAGAAAUUGGACACAUUCAAGUUGCACCUCCUCCAACUGCACUUAUUGAUCCUGGAGAAGGUUACAUCAAGAUCAACUUUGAUGAAAUGAAAGCUGUGACAGGAUUUGGAUCUGUGGAGCUGAGACGUCUGUCCACUAAGUCAGUGAGCUCGCUUACAGAUCAUUCUCUAUUGACUACAUGGGUUUGGUACCUGUCAGAUCAGGACAGCAGUUGGACUGAGUAUGAUUCUGAGCUUAUGAAGCGAAUAGAAGAGUCGUUCACCAAAGGAAGAUCAUUCCAUAAAUUUAAAAGAGGAGGAGAGGACCAUAAGUUGUUUUUUCACAAAACAUCCAUGUACCAGCAGAACUUGAAACCACCCAUUAAAGUUACAAAAGUGAGAAGAAGGCCUUUGUUUAGGUCUAAGUCGGAAAUAGAGAGGCUGCAGAGUCCCCUUGAACUACCAAUCCCAUUGCAACCCGCAACACCAGGGCAGUCUACCUCAGCUUCAUCACAUGGUCACACUCCUUCUCACUGGGAACGUGUUCCUGAAGACCGAGAGUUCAUGCGUGUUCCUCUGACUAGCAACUCAGAUGAAUUCAAAUGUGCCGAAAGCCUGUUUCGCCAAACCAUGUCCGAAAACAAGGCAACUAUCAUCUCCGUUGAGCGAGUUCAAAAUCCGUUUUUGUGGAAGAAGUAUGCAGAUAAGAAAGAAUGGAUGGAGAAGAAGGCCUCGGUCAAAGACAAUCCUAUGAAUGAAAAACUUCUCUUCCACGGAGUUGAUCCCCAAGUUGUAGACACGAUAUGUGAGGAGAACAUCGACUGUCGUGCUCUAGAAGAGGACCGAGCUGCCCAGUUCGGUAAAGGAGCCUACUUCACAGAGGAGGCGGCCUUGAGUAAUCUCUACUGCAGGCAAGACUCCGAGUCCUUCCGGUACAUGUUUUUGUGCGAGGUUCUUGUGGGGUCAUAUGCCAAAGGUGAGCCAACCUUACCACGACCACCGUUAAGGAGUGACUCCGAAGCCAAGAAACAGCGUUAUGACUCUUGUGUGGAUAACGUCACCAAGCCCACCAUUUUUGUGCUGUUUGCCUCGGAUCAGUAUUACCCGACUUUCUUGAUAAAGUUCAAGACCAAAUCUAAGGUGGUCUGUUGAUCAUUGAGGUACAUAUACUGUUUACAGACCUCAUAACAUACUCACGCUUAGAUUAUAAAUUUUCAUUCUAAGGCUUGAGAAGCUUUGAAUGCUUAAACGAAGUGAGCGCAUUUCUUUGGUCAGCGUUU